CCCCGCUCCCCCCGGAUGCAUGACUUCAUCCUUCCGCCCGGGUUUCCUCCCCGCCGCCGCCGCCGCCGCCGCAGACUGGCUCCCGGCUCGGCGCGGCGCGGCUCGGCCCGCUCGGCCCCGCCAUGUCGCAGGUGCUGCCCUACGGCGAGGACAAGGUGGGCCGCUACGGCGCCGAGCCCGAGGCGGGGGAGCUGCCCUUCAGCUGCCGCCUGCAGGACACCAACGCCUUCUUCGGGGGCAACCAGGGCAAGCGGCCCCCCAAGCUGGGCCAGAUCGGCCGGGCCAAGAGAGUGGUGAUCGAAGAUGACCGGAUAGACGAGGUGCUCAAGGGCAUGACGGAGAAGUCGCCGUCGGGGGUAUAAGCCGGGACCCGCCGCCAGGACCCACAGGCCGUGCCCCGCUCGCAGCCCUCUCGGCCGUGCAUGUUGGCUGGACUGAGGACGAGGAGGGGGAGGCCAUGCCCGCGCCCCCCCCAGCCCGCCGGGCCGCCCGGAGGCUCUGCCCGCCACCCCGGCCAGCUGGCCCCCCCGGGGCCACCGUGCGCCCCGCGCCGGGCCCCCCCCCCGAGCCAUGCACUUUAUCCCUCCGCCUGCCCUGGGGGCCGGCUCGCCCCCCACGCUGGGCAGAGACCCCCCCGGGGGGCUCCCCCCCCCUCCGGGCGCACCCCCCCCAGCCUCCUCGCCAAGUACCAGCAGGCGGGGGGCAGCGCCGGGGCCGGCGGCGCUGAGCGGGGCCGGAGCGGAGCCUGGGCGGGCGGACUCGAACCCCACCGACAGUGAGUGCUGCUGUCCAGAGACAUUUUUUGCUCCAUCGUUUUUGCAUGAGCUUGGUGGCCCGGGCGCCCUGUCCUGGUGCCGAGGGUCAUCCCCACUCCGGCACGCUUCUUUUUAAACAGAAAACUCCUCAUAUUUGUAUUUUUAUAUCCGAAUCUUUGUUAAAAAUCGAUCUGCUGACGUUGAAAUGUUGAAGUACUGCAUCGGGGAAACAAAAAAAUGGUUCAUAUUUUUUUCCAUAAGAAAAAAAAAAGAAAAAAAGAGAAAAAAGCAAGCGAGAGAGAUAGAGGGAGCACGAGAAAAAUAUAAACCGUGGGAAGCAAACCACGGAGGCCCCAAGCCCGGAUUUCCCGCGGCGAGGCCAGGCAAGCCGCGAAAUCCACGGCGGGGCCUCUCCACCCGGCAGCAGUAUCGGACAGGACUUCUUGAAUGUCGUUAGGGUUUUGCACACAUCAUCCGUAAGAACCAAGCAGCCGUCUUCGC